AUGAUAGAAGAGAUGCUCGCAGGCGUGACAGCGUACACGGACGAAAUGAUCAUGGACCUCCUGAACGAGGAGGAGAGCAUGGAAACAGCAGUAGACGAUCUCUGCAAAAUAUUCUCCGGAAUAAGCCAGAGAAAACUCGUGCGGAGCGAGGAGAGUGUCGCCCUUCUGCGGAGCUACUUUGUGAUGCUGAUUCGAGAGCCUGCUCUUUUCGGGUUUGACUGCAGGAAUGCAGUGGAGAUCAUGCACUCUUCCUCCAGGAGAAGCGGAAUCUGCUGGACUCUCCUCCUCGACGAGAGCGAGGCUGCAGAGGAGAUUCUCGCAGUCCUUCUCCACGCGAAGUCCGAGGAAUUCGGGAGAGAAAGAGAGAAAAAAAGUCUCCAAGUCCUCGCCCUGCACGAGAGAAUAUCACAGAGCAAGGCCGCGCUGGGAGUCCUCCGACGGAGAGAGCCCUGGGGACUCCAAGAGCCCAGCGGAAGGUCUUUCUCCCCGUGGGUAUACGAUCAGUGCAAAAAUUCGAAAGUCUUUUCUCCCUCGCAGGAGUCGUAUCUCUACAGGGCUUCCCCAGAGUAUCCCCGCGGAGUAUCAGUGAAUAACCUGUGCGUAGUCUAUCAGGACUUCGUAGAAGCAAAAGAUCGGGCAAAGACUCGGCGGGAGAUGCACCGACUGAUCAGCAUAAGCGCAGCCCGUCUUUUUACGAUGUUUCGAGACCUCGUUCUCCAGGAUAAGAGCGUAAAGAGAAAUUUCAUAGAGUCUGUUUUUCUCCUGUACAGCACGAACAGAGUAAGAGAAAAAACAAAGUACAGGAUAGAGGAAGCCCUAGAAGAUAGUCGAGCCUUCACCGUAUCCAACGUCCUGAGCAGGUUUCUUGCCCCCGUCCUGAACAGCCCCGAGAAAAUGAAGGGAAUUCCCCUCGACUUCCUGCAGAGGUGCUCCUUCCUCCGGGAGUUUACAGCGGAGAGUCUCUCCGGAGAAAUUGCGCACGAGGGAGGAGAUGCUGAGGACGGGGAGAGCUUUUUUACCCUUCUUUUCUACGCGAAGAUGCUCGUAAACCGAAUUACGUACGUCCCCCUCGUUUUGAGCGUGGGAAAUCACAUCGCAGAAAUCCAGCAGAUGCGAAGGGCAGAGGCUUCAUCACAGGGCGAGCAGAGGGAGAGACUCAGAAAAAUGCGGGGACUUCUCGAGUCGGAGUUCGAGUACGCGCAGACACUCCUUCUCGCAGAGGAAGCUGCUGCCCUGGAGAAGGCAGUUCUCGUCUAUACCGUAUCCUUCCUGCACAGCGCAAUCAAAAACCAAAACUUUCAAAAACUUCCCCUUUUCAUCCUCGAGAAUGUUCUUCUCUCCCUCGAGAAACUGCAGCAGGUCGGGGGAGAGGGUCAAUACGCCCUCAGUGCAGAGAGUAUCCGGAAAGUAUGCGCUCUCUCAGCGGAGGUCCUGAAGCACGAGACUCUGAACGUGAACUACAAGCAGGCAGCUCUGAAGCUUAUGUGCACGUACUCAGAGAGUGUUGAGUACGUCGUUGGAGUCGUCUCUGCAGUUGUAAAGCACGGGAUAGACGUGCAGAAUAAGCUGCAGAAUGCCCUGGAGAAGCUAGAUGAAAGAGCCCGUGUCGCAUACGCACUUUCCUGCCUCCUGAAGGGAUUUAUGGGGAGGCAGGAGAUGCUCGAGAUACUGCGCGGGGGAGAAGGGGGAGAAUCAACACCCCCGGGAACUGUUUUUGUCAUUCACAUGCUCUCAGCCCUCACAGACGCACAGGAGAGGGGGUUUGAGGAGCUCAGGAAAAUAUCGAGGGAGGAGGGAAUGGAGGGAAUGGAGGGAGUGGAGGAAGAUUCUGCGAGGGAGGAGUCUAUCGCCCAGAUGAUGGAGCAUAUGAACUCUUUCUUCUCGCUUGUUGAGGUUUUGGAGGGAGUAAUUGUCUCUCUCGUGGAGAUAUGCCCGAAGGUCUUUCUAGGGCCUUCGAUCGUCCACAGAUUUGCUUCUAUGCUGAACGCGUCGAUUAUUUCUCUCGCAGGGAAGAAGUCGAAGGAGCUGAAACUGCGGGGGAAGGGGAGCAGAUUCUCUGCAGUCGGUCUCCUGAAGGCACGGCUUAUGAUGUACACGCUCCUUCGGGAUGUCGCAUUUGCUGCUGCAGUUGCGGAUGACGGGAUGUUUAAGCCGGACCUUUUCAGGAGGACGAUCGAAAUAUGCGAGAGAAAGGGGGGAAUGACGCAGAGGGAGAAGUCGUACAGUCUGCUCUUCCUGAAGACGGUUGAGAACCUCCAGGAGAAGAGGAGGGAGUGCCUCCCCGUGGAGUACCCGGACGAGUUUGUGGAUCCGCUCACGUUCGGGCUCAUGAAGGACCCGGUGAUCCUGAAGACGAGUAAUACGCGCGUGGACAGAUCGACUGCAUCGAUGAUCCUGAUGACGGAUCCUAAGGACCCGUUCACGAGGGACGAUCUCACGGAGGCGCAGGUCGUUGAGGAUGCGGAGCUCAGGAGGAGGAUCGAGGAGUUUUUGAGCAAGGCCAAGGAGGCAGCAUAG